AUGCCCAUAUCCUUUUCACAUAAAAUAUAUGGAAAGUCUUGCUACCAGCCACGGAUCGACGGGCUGAUACAGCAGACGCAUUAUAUGCGACCUGCCUACCGAGAACUUUUUAUGAGGGAUCAAAUUGAUUGGUUCGGUGAUAAUAUCGGAGUGCCGUAUUGUAACUACUUGAAAACUCCCGCUAAAGUGAAUUCAGUCUCUGCUAAUGCAUAUCAUAUUACCUUGAAGUUGAAACGUGCUCCAUAUCAUCUUCAAAAAAUCUGA